AUGACUUCAAGGAUCCCCAUACUACCCACCAGCGGCUCUUCUGGACAGGGAAGACCCAAGCAGAGCAUCCCAAAGCCGUCGUCCAUCCCCCAAAGUAGACGGGAUUCAUCUGCAUCAGAGUCAGAGGAGUAUAGCAGGCUGAGGAUGGUGAGGUCGAACUCGUCUUCUAGGAAACCUUCCAAGGAAACUAGUACAUCUACCGGGGCCUUGAGACAGCCAUCCUAUUCCUUCAUGCCGACCUCUCGUUACUAUGCAGCACCUCCAAACAACACGCCUUCACCCAAUGUACCACAACACGCUAUUUCGUUAUCACAAUCGUCAUCAUCAAUUCCUUCUUGGAAAUUUGGACGCCCGUCUCUGCCUGAAUCACGGCCACGGAAUGUUCUCCGGAGAAAGGCUCCUUCAAUAGAGCAGUAUGCAGAACGGAACAGAGCCAGGUUACAGGCCUCAAUGUCCGAGAAGCCUGAGCUGGAAAUGCCGCAAAUUGAGGCACGAGAGAAGAUUGAAUCAGAUACUAGCUGCACUGCAACAGCUAGACCCCCAGUUGACCAUGUUCCAGCUCGACCACAGUACUCUACCCCAACUCCAUCCUCCCAAACACCUGCAAGCGAGGCUAGACCUCCAACAUCAGGAUCACAAUCCCGCGUCCCAAAGGAAUUCGUCGGCCUAUCAACAUCGAUAAAUACCUUAAACCUCCCUCCCCCAACACCAAUCUUCACAGGGGGGAGUAGCCCUUCAACUAGAUACACUGACUCUCCUGGUAUGUGGAGUAGAGGAUCAACGCCGACAUCGCUUUCAUCAUACUCUCCCGGCAUCGUACAUCCCAUCCACAGCUCACGGCUAAAACAACCCAGCCCAACUAUUUUCAGAACCCAAAGGUCUCGCCCAAGCCUGGCGGCCAUGCCUUCAUAUGACGAAACUAAGAGCACAAUUGCUCCCUCGACCCGACUUCCUCGACGAUCCCAAACCGAGCCUAUUCCGCGACCGCCAACUGCAGGUCCGGGUGUGAGAGAAACUGCCCAUGAUGCCCCAGAAGUUCAACCUGCGCCUAUGCGUCCCUUGUACCCUUCAAGUCAAGCCGAUUGGCAGCCUGUAGGUGAUUUGGGUGAAAUAGGGUCCAGUGGGGAUAACAGAAAAGCGGAUGUGGCCACUCCAAGGUUGGAAGAGCCAUCUCUUCUUCCUAGCUCAGGGUCAACAUCUAGGCUUUCUCCAAGCAGACCGAGUCGCAAGGGGGCAGAACCACUGAAGCUAGAGUCGUCGCCUAUUAUUUGGAGCAACCUUGCCUCUUCAAGGCUUCCUACCCACAAACAGAGAGGAUCAUCAGGCUCUAAUGCUCGUGCUAAAUCACCAGCUAUCGCCUCCUCAUUUGUAAAUGCCUCGACGGAAUCGCUACAAUCUAGGGGUUCAUCCAAACUGCCAGCAUAUUCACCGUCACCAAGUCAAGUCGAUACCGGCUCCCAAUCACAGCUACGAUCCGUAACUCCCAAGGCGAAUCUUAUUAGGAAAACGUCAGUUUCAGGGAAAGAAUCCAAGGUUUCCAACGAUAAUAAAGAGCUGAAGGAGCCAAAUCAGCAGCAACAGCCGCUUACUACCACUGUCCCAAGGAGACUUGGCUUUUUCCCAAGAAAAUCGAAGACUGUUCCUCAGGUCACUCAAUCUGGGCUUAGUGAAAACCGGUCACGCAGAUGCCCUUCUGCAGGGACGGGGCAUGAGGGUUACGGCAAAUAUUCCCAACGAGGCAGACGAACUAGCGUCGGAAGCAGUAUUUCGAGAGCGAGAUCAACGAGCACUAGUAGGUCAGUUGGCAACAACAGUACUACUAGCAGUCACAUGGGACAUGAAAUCGAUGAUUUUUUCCUGGACCGCUUGGAGCCCGUCUUCAUCAGUGGUGGCGGGCUUAAUGGAUUGGUUUUAACUCGUACCCAGAGCGGGCAGAGCGAGAGUAAUGUGAGUGUUAUUUCCGCCGCUGGCUCCAAGGUUCCUCCAUCUACGCUGGUUCAGAGCCCAGAACCGAUGAAUUCUCCGCCUCAGCCUUCCCUUUUGGACCCUGGAAACUCUCAGUCACCAGAAAUAAAACGGCGUCGCUCGUUUCGCAACUCAAAGAUAUUUGGAGGCCACAAGACAUCUAGUCCCUAUUUAUCAGUUGCUCAACCUCGACCCUCCGCCUCUAGACGCCCAUCAGAUGCCAGUACGGAUAGUCGCUCAGAUAUAUCUUACCAUGAGACUCCCAAUUUAUCCUUGCUAUCAGGUUCUAAGACAAAAACCGAACCGAAGAAGAAAAAAUCGGAGAAAACAGGAAGAUGGAAUUUCUUCCAACGAAGCAACCCGAAUCUUCGGGAGAAGCAAUCAAAGGAGGACCCUGAACCAACCCCGGAAAUGCCUGCCGCUAUAUCUCAGAUCCCAUCUUCCCGAGCUGUUGCACAUUAUGCAAUUCUUGACAACGAACAGAUUGACUCCGAUCCAUUAGAGGACAUAAUGGCGCGAGUGGAAGAAUCACCACCAACGGAGGACGAAAUUGAAGCUGCUAAUGGCCUUGGACUGAGAUCAAAACACGGUCAAUCAAUAUUACUGCCAGAACCACCGGUUGGGUUAAUCAACAAUAACUCGGAGAGACGUCCGUCCUCUCCCAGGGUGUUCUUUAACACAGGCGUGCUCCCCGCCAUCUCAGCAUCAAAGAAUAGCCGGACAGGCCGGCCCAGCCGCUUAGCUUCUAUUGGCAGGAUACCCCCAGUCAUUCCAAGCGGAAGGAAUCAACAUAAGCCAUCUCUCCAAUCAUUCUCACGACCAUUCAGUAUGACAGAAAGUAUACCGAAUCGAUUUGCUCUGUGCCCACCAACGCAAGAAGAAUUCCUUUCUUUUUCCCCACGAAAGGGAUCCGAGAUUUCUGUAUCAUCUGAGAGUGUGGAUGGUGGUAGCAUGGCAGCUGUUACAGCCGUCCUCCCAUUUCCCGGAUCAAAACUUACAGACGAUGAAAUAUGGCAGGAAUAUGAUGACUUUCUGGACAAGGUCACCUCGCCACAAACCCCCGAUGAUGGUCACUUUCACACAUCCCGAUCAUUCAACAUGGCUACCAGAGCUUCCAAGGUCUUGCAGGAGGGCUUGAGCGGGGUAAAUGGCAUUUCGCCUCCAAUCUCCCCGUUGCAAUGCCCAGAUAUCAUUACUUCUACACUGCCUGACCACAAUUCGAUACAUCUCAGCCGUUCUAUGAUUCUCUCAGCCCUACAUUCAUCUAUUGCACCCUCUGAACCAAUGUCCCUUGGUGAACUCAUUUCAACUUACGCUGGGAGUAAACAACACUCUGCCGACUUCACCGACGUCAACAACCCCUAUGCCUCUUUGGGAGAGGAACUUCAAGGUGGUGCCAACUCAGCCAAGUGUACGCCGAGAGAGAGCACAAUGCAAUCAAUUGAAAAGGAGCCUAAGCAAAUAGAUCCAAUGGCACAGGCAAAUGUCCGUUCGGGCUCGCUUAUGACUAGCCGCUGGCUAUCUUUCGGUCGUGUCCUCUUUAGCCCAGCCAAAAACCAUAUGCAACCCCAGGAUCAAGCUCGCAUCUUGGUUAUUGAUGGGUUAGGCAAUGACGACUGGUCAUUUUACUGUGCUCUGACCUAUCCUUCUGCAGUGGUUUACAACCUCACUUCUACUCCGCCGCCUCAUUCUACAUUAAGCAACCCGGCUGCGUGGGACCCUCCACCGAAUCAUCGUAUGAUUCAUCGCUCUGGUAUCAAAACCCCAUUCCCUUUUCCGAAGGGAUUUUUUACCGUGGCGGUCAUGCGCUUCCCAUCUGCUUGUUCUGAGGCUGCAUAUGAUAUUGCCGUUUCUGAGUGCUAUCGUGUUCUUCGCCCUGGUGGAUACUUGGAACUCAGCGUCAUGGAUUUAGACAUGGUGAACAUGGGUAGCCGCACUCGGAAAGCGGUUAGGAUGCUAAAGGAACGGAUAUACACGACAGAUCCUAAUAUUUGCCUAAAGCCUGCCAGCGAUAACAUCCAGAAGCUACUUGGUAAGCGUGGGUUUGCCAACUUAAAUCGAUGUAUGGUCGUUGUUCCUGUUGCCGGCACCAUUGUGCAGUCAUCGGACACGUCGAGCUCAAACCAGUCCGCUGCUAACCUGCCACAGCAGCAUAAUGGCUCUAAUCUCCGGCAAUGGACAGAUAAUGCGGCUCAUAAGAAACACAAACGUGCUCCGUCUGACGAUGUGAACAUGUCCCUUGGUGAUCUUCUAUCGGACCCCUCGCCAUCUCCAUCAAACGAUGAGUCAAUCGCUAAGAUGGUUGCAAAAGUUGCUCGAUGGUGGCACACACGGUGCUACGAAUUAGCCAUUUUCAACGAUAGCCAGAAUCAGGACAUCUGGACCGACAAGAUGCUUCUACGAGAAUGUAGAAGACGGGGAACUGGGUUUAGGCUACUGAUUGCCUAUGUACAGAAGCCUAGCGAAGUCAUGAGGAGAACUGCGAGCGUAUAA